GUUUUUAUUAUAAUAGUUUAUCUUAUACUUUAUUAGUAUUUUGAGAAAGAGCUCUAACCUGUUUGUAGAACUUUAGGUUUUUGCCGCAAGGUCCACCUGCACAGAGUUUUGGCGGAGCAUGGCCGCAGGGUAGAGGUCCGCAGGGGUUCCGGUUUAAUAAAAAUUGAAUCUCAAAAAUAGAGCCAAUUGCGUAAACACUCAACUUUUCUUUGAAUGGAGCGCGAAACUUAUUUAAAACUGUUGGACUAGUCAAGCGUCUGAUAAUAAUUUGUUUAAUUUGAAAACAAACACGAUUUGCCGCCAUGUAAAUACUUUUAACUUGCAGCACGUGUAUGAUUUUUUUUUUUACAAUCCUGAUAUCAAAGUUUUAUAAAGUAUAACUGUUUGAAGAAACUUAGUUGCCCCUAACGAACCUUUCUACUAAUUAUAUUAAUUUGUUAUUUGAACCUGCAUAAACGUAAAUAGUUCAGGAAAGCUUUUGCGCAUCGGAACUAGUACCGCCGCCUGUUUCGUUCGCCGCGGAGCCAGCUACAGCACUUAAAAGAACACUUGGGAAAAACAAUAAAAAUAUUUCGCAAAAGUCAUGGCGAGUGCUGAAGAAGUAAUCUGAAAGCGAAUCCAUUGCACCGAUUUCCUUGAAGCCACAGCACCCAUGAUGACGACCGACUUCGGGGGCAGCCAGUUUGUGUCCAGCAAUCCAAACGCCAGCUGCAGUGCAUCCCGCUGGCUAACGGAGGAGGUCUUUAAAUUGAUAGACAUAGUGCAGCGCGACGAGGCCAUCUACAAUCCGCGCCACAAAUACUACUUUUGCCGGCCGUAUGUAGAGAACUUCUGGCGCGAGGUCGACCUAAAGCUGGAGAAAAAUCCAGGCGCAAGUCUGGCGAAGUGGACAAAUUUGCGUAUCUCGUUCCGGCGGGAGUACACCAAUUAUCUGGAGGAGAAGGUGCCGCCCUGCUGGUCCUAUUUUGACCGCAUGUUCUUUCUGCAUCCUUAUCUGCGAAAGAAGCAUCAGCAGCCCAAAUCGCUGGACACUCAGGUGCAGGACGCUCUGGCGCACCUCUCCAGUCUGUCAAGCCGUAUGCAACGGGAGCGAUCGGUAGUGAUCCCGGCCAGUAGCAGCGGUGUUGGCCAGCCUACGCCUUCCGCCCAUCAGUCACCACCGGCCCAACAGCUGGACAACUAUCUGGAUUACUUCGAUGAGGCGGAGCAAAACAACUCCGAGUUGGAGGACAUUAUGGAAGAGGAACAGCAGCGCAACAUCCGCUACCAUAGCCAGUUGGACAGUAACGACAUCAAGUCGGAGUGUGAAGAGCCGGCAGAUGACUACGAACAGGAGACGCAUGAGCCAGAUGACGAUGAGCAGGAGGACCAUGACCACCUAAAUAAGAUGGCGCCCACCUCUAGUUCAUCGACGGCGGAGGCACAGCGUCGUUAUGUCAACCAACAGCCACAUGCCAGCCGAAUGCACUUGGGUCGUUUGCAAAUGCGUGCGUAUCACGACGAUAUGCGUGGCGCUGUUCGUCCGCGUUCUCAAGAGCUUCAAGCUCCUACUGCAGCUGUGUCCGGGGUUAACUUCGUUUCACAGCCGGCUGCCCAUCCGAAUAUUUCUUUUGUGCGACCCACAUUCAGCAAACCAGUCGAUUUGGUCAGUACCACAACGCACAGCGGUGGAGUUCCAGUAUCUAAUGGACUACCCGAAAUGGAACUGCCUACACCAUCCACAGCCGCAGUUGCCACUUCCGUUGCACCCAGCAGUAGCGGUAAUGCCAGCAGUAGCAGUAGCUUCCUAAGUCAACGGCAUGGGCACAGCCAUGUGCAUGGUGGACAUCAACAGGUGCCUCCGUCAUCACUUCCUCUGCGCCUAGAAGCAAGUAACUCGUCAAGCGGACCUUUGUCCAAUGGUGGUGUGGAGCUGUGCGACUGCAAGACCGAUCCGGAUGCCAUGUUUCUGAUGAGCCUCCUGCCCGACAUCCAAAAGUUGAACGGGCGCGAUCGCGGCAAGAUAAAGAUAGCAUUUCAGAACAUAUUGCAGGACUACCUUUAUCCGGACUAGUUUCGAUCUCUGUGUAUACUUUCCGCUUAUAGCAUCGGAACCCAGUUCCGAUUUCGAUUUUGUUUAUUUUCUUUGUUAAUUUUCGUUGGUUAAAUCCUUUAAAGCUUUGCUGUGCAAGAACAAAGUAUCCUUAAAACGUUUUGAAAACUAUCAGAUAUGUUUAUUAAUUGUAUAAAUAUUUAUAAAUAUUUAAUGUGUAACACAAGAAUAAAUUCAUUCGAAAUUAA